CGCGUGCAAUGCAAUUGUGUGAUUCUUACAACAAACAGAAACGUCUCUGCGAUAGCUUCGAUCAAGAUCAAAAUGCACCAUGCAUUGAUUGGCUCGUGAUGACACACGUGACGGUAAAACGAGCUCAAUGAGAGGAAGGAUCGGCAUGGGAUGGCACUGGUCCAUGAAUCACAACUGACUCCGUACGGCAUCCAACAACCCACCACCAAUCAGUCACCUUGACACGCAUUGAAAGUGUCGCAGCAGCAGCGGCCCGUGCGGCCCGUCCUCACCAAACGGCCCACUUCUCAUGGCUGGAGCAAACGUAUGGAAGCCAACCAGCAAAGCCAGCAUGACGCAUCCACUGCCUCUCUCUCUCUCUCUCUCUGCCUGUGUGUGUGAUCGUACUCAGCAAAAGACGUGCACACGUACAUGGAGUUUAGUGCAUCCAUCGAGACAGUGGACAGACAGGGCCAGCCAUUUGCACGCACAUCGCGGCAUUUGGUGCACUGCACCUGUAGGUAGUCGAUCACGAAUGCACAGACAGUCACCACAGAUACCGACGUCUGCACACUGACUGCAGCAGCCGUAUGUAUACGCACACAGCAGCAGGCACCCCAUAGUUCCGUUCCGCACACUACACACACAGGCAGAAUCAACUUGAUCAGACAGGGGAGAGGGAGAGGGAGAGGGAGAGGGAGGGGGAGAGAGAGGCAGCCCUUCGGCACCCGCCACCACACCAAUACACACAAACGACUCUUUAUUGUCUAGGACACUCACACAUAAACUACAAUCCGACCCAGCCACACGUCGGGGCCUACCAAAACCAAUACGCGAACAAGGUGUCCAAUGCCGCCAAAAAAUGCCAUGCGCGAAGGCCGGUAUGGCACCGACCUUGCCCUCUCCCCUGGCCUCUUUCUGCAGCCAGCCAAGACGGAGGAAAAUUCUGUCCCAUGCGAUUGAUCCGUGCACACACCGACACACAUACAAAUGCUUGGCGGACAAAUACCAAUCCAGACACACACCCACACCAACAAAUGGACUCACCGCAUGGGCAGGCCCGCCCCCUCCCCGCUGCCCUCCCUGUCUGCGAUGGAAUGACAUAUAUAGCACUCACUGCACGCACCUAUCUCUCCGGAUCAAACAAGACAAGACCCACAAAUACGCCGUCCAAUAAAUGCGAUGUGUAAGUAAAGCGGCAGGCACACAAAUAUGGACACACACACACACACACACACACAAAUAUGGCCCCCAGGCAAACCAGGCCGGGCCCCCUCCCUCCAAUGGUCCGCCCCUCUCUCCCGUCAGUCAGUCAGUCACUCAGUCAGUAAGUCAGUCCGGGCAGAGAGAAGCGCUUCUGUCUUACUUGACGAUCCGCUACAGAACAGUGCGCACUGGUACACACGGAGAAAAGGUAUGUACAGACACCAAGACACUCAUCCAUCAGUGACUCACACACAUAGAUCAGAUCCCAUAUCCACCGGGGGGAUAUGCCCAGCAAACAGACACGUUAGUAACGCAUAGGCAGACAGUCGUCUACAUGUAUACGCUUCAGACCAUCCAGCCACCCACCCACCCACGCACAUUAAGUAAUUACACCGACCGACCGCAGCACAGCCAACUCAGUCACACCGACCACUAGAUAAUCAGCUGUCGGGGAUUGAGGUUGGUGUAGAGUAUGUCUGUGCCGACAUCUCGUCUCGUGAGCAUGGUGCGGAGGUCCGUACGCGAGACUGACUUGGAGGGUCGGCAGGAGUAAUUCAUCCCCUGCCAGAAAUCAAGCACGCCCUCUGGCGUGUCACCCGCAUCCGCGAGCAGUAUCCUGUCAUUAUAUCAUGACGACAGACACGAUACAUGUUUGUUCGAUGAAUGUGGCUUUCGUAUCUGAAGCGAUAUAUAUUAGGUACCUGGACACUUCGUGGAACACAUACUUAACACGCUUCAGCACGUCACGGGCACCUGAUUAUUGACAUUGUGACGGAGAGGAGAAUGGACCCACGCCAGCCAUUGAUUGAUGUAUCUGGCUGGGUGCGCCUACCUCGAAGGGCUUUAAGUUCGGCUCCCUCGACGUCCAAUUUCAUCAUCCAGGGCGACACACCAGCCAGCAUGUCGUCCAACAACACCGUCUGCACCUGCAGAUCAAUCAAAGAAACACGAAUAUCGCGCAAACAGGCACUGAGGCCACUGUUCCAUCCAUCCAUCCAUACAUCGUGUCGGCGUAUGAGGCCGUUCCUCUUGAGCACAUCAGAAGAAGAAUUGCCGCACAAAGUAUGACCUGCACAGCACCGCCCACACACUCUGGCCAUCUGAAUACAUAUGUGUGUGGUAUAUAACUAACUGACCAUCUAGGGUGUUUCCAGCGUCUGCACGAGGGAAGAAAAGGUGCAGGCAGAGAUCAUUCUGAAUCAGCUUGAUGUGAUGCCACUUACCUGACGCGACAAGGCAUCUGAACAGUCACCGAAAAGCACCAGACGUCAGGUCACGUAAUGACGCGCGUGUCUGGGCCAUUCAUUCUCACCUCUCGUACUUGUCUCCCGCUGCGAAUGGGUAUACUUCGAUAUCCGGGAUGGCGGAGCCCUCAAAGCUGUUGGCGGGCAGGUGUGCGGACCUUGUGGUCGCGUAUAUGUUGCGAAGCAUUGCCUCGAAGCCUGCACCAGACAUACAGACAGACACACAUCCACAUGUUGACAGCGAUAGAUACAAGAGAUUGCAAAGCAACAUCCAUCAUAUAUCUACAGGGCUAUAUAUAUAUAUAUGGUUCUGUGCGUACUGUAUGUCUUUGUACCGAUGACUUUAUACCCCAGUGCUGCGAUAUUCAGAGCGUACCAUCCCUCCUCCACGCCCACAUCCACAAACACGCAACGAGCGUCACCGGGGGACCCGCACUCCUGAACACACAACAGACACACUCCAUAAUCUGCCCUUCCGCACCCUCCUGCCCCGCCCCUUUUCACCCUCAUUUUGUCAGCGCUGGCCAUGGUCUGUUCCUUCUCCCAUCCUCCCCGACCUCUCCUAAUAGCGUCGCUCACUAUGUUUCUGGUCUGCGGCACGCACAUCGAAAACAGGCGCUCCGGGCUGCCGGCGGCUGUCGGGGCUCGGAAGGUCCUUUCGCCACAGUUUUCCACGGCCUGGACCUCCCUGUCGUAGCCGUUGAUGCUCUGCACCAGAUACUCCACCAACGCGGCCGCGGUGGACCGCUCAUCCUCCAUUGAUGUGCCCUGCUGGUGGUGGUGGUGGUGGUGCUGCUGUCGAAAAUGCCGGUACAGAAAAUGCCGUUGGCGGAGGAGGGACAAGGGAGCAAGCACGACGCCAAACAGGACCAACAGGGCCAGUGAGACAAUGAGGCAUCCUCCAAUUGAGGCGUAGACCAGUGUGUGCAUUGGGUCACG